AUGUAUGGUCAAGGGAGUACUAAUCACCAGUCUGGCAGCCAAGGUCCUCAAACACCGAUUGCCCCUCCAUACUUGCACCGUUCACCUCCUCUUCCCCACGGUUUCCAACAAGGUCCUCUACCUCCGCCACCUCCUCACACUAGUCAGCCAAGUUUUCCUGGAUAUCAGCAUGCUCCUCUGCCCCAGCAUCUUGCAGUUCGGCAACAUGCACCUGGCAGGAUGCCGAACCCGGGUCAGCCUUAUUUACACUCUUCUGCAGCAGUUCAUGGAAGUGCUCCUUUGUCACAUAUUUAUGCACCUGUGCAGCAAAAUUCGCAGCAUUCUUCCUAUUUAGCAUCAAGACUUCCUCCCCCUCCUCCCUUUGAUUCACAUCGUCCUGAAAUGUUACAGGCCUUGCUGCCUCAUAGAAGUUUUCCUCCUCCACCACCUUUACAAGGUCAGGGAUUUUAUAGAUCUCCAGUUCAUUCAUUGCCAAAACAGCCAGCUGGUGUGCAGGGUCAUAUUCCCCUCCCAUCUCCCUCACCCCUUCCUCCAACUUCCAGUUUCCUGACUUCUGCUCUCUCUGGGAGUUCUGCCGAGUCUAAUGUUGGAAAUCCUCUAAUGCAUUCCACAGCUCCCCCACCACUGCCUCCGCCACCGAACUCUUCUGUACCCCCCAUUCCACCUUCUCCUCCGCCUAACUCUCACAUGAUGCCAUUAUCUGCACCUGUCCUGGAUGGCUCCAUUCCACAAUUUCACUCUGAUUUUGCUUCCAAUUCCAGCAAACCUUCUGGUGAUAAAUUGGGCUCUACUAGUUCCGUCAAUGAAGUUAUUCCUCUCAAUCAGGGUGGACAUAAUGUUCCUGUUCGUGAUUGCAACUUAUAUCUGGAAGGUGGAAGGGGCACUGAGACUGGUUGUAAAUUGGAUGAAGGAAAGAUUUUUUCCCAACCCAGUCAUUUGAUGGUUGCAGUUGGAUCCCACUUGUCUGCUGACUCUGAUAUGGAGAUGGAAGAUGAUAUUACAGAGUCUGAAAAUGACCAGGCAGCGAGUCACCCUAUUGGAGGUGUAACUCAUGGUAAUCAUUUGAUAGCUGGAACAUCUGAUGUGAGAGAGCAGUUGCAUGAACUGCAGAGUUCAGCACAAUCUGAUGCUGCCACAACGGUUUUAUCUGUCUCUGACUCCUCUGGGCUGGAUUUUGGUGAACAAGGGUCAAAACUCAUCCCUUGUCAUAACCAAUUGAUAUUUGGGAAGUCAGUUUCUGAAGUUCAUAGCCCGGUCAUUAAUUCAGCUGAAGCUGAUGAAAAAAGUGCAUUAAGGGUCAUGGCUGCUGCUGGAUGCUUCGAUUCUGAUAAGGAUUCUGGUGAAGUUUUAAAAGGCAGUAGCCCAAUCAAACUUGUGCAAGAUUAUGCUUCUGAGGACUGCUCAGAAAAUAAUGAGGAUCUCUGUUUGAAAGAUGAAAUUCCUAAAACUGCCUCAAACUUAGUUACAGGUGGUUUUGAAGAUUUGCAGCAGCAAGAACUGCCCUAUGGUUUGGAUCAUUCUGGUUCUGAUAAUGUGUGUGGUCUAUCUGCAAAGGUGGAUUCUUCAUCUGUAUUUCCACCAGAUAUUCUGGACUCAAAUCAGCCGUCUCGCUUACCUGAUUCUGGACAGUUCAACUCCAGAUUCAGUUCUGAUGUUUUAAGGCAAGAAAAUGUUGCAUCCUACUCUAGUAAUUAUGAUCAUUCUUCACGUUUGAUCCAUGCUUCACUUGAUGGACAAGGUAUCAGUGUUGGAUCAAGAGAAUCAGUCCCUUCACCCAAUUCUGCCAGGGUUGUUGCACAAAUUAUUCCUAGCUCAGGAAGUGAUCAGUAUGAUCCUUUUUUCGACAGCAUUGAGCCAACUUCAAACUCAUUUAAGAGACUUGAUCACAUUCAGAAGUGGGAACCCAUUGACCCUGACGUUAUGCUGAGGCUUAGUGCCUCAAACAAAUCAUUGGAUGCUGAAGAAAACAAGAAAGAAGUCAGAAGCGUUGCUGUUUCUACAUCUCUUGAUAAUGAGGAGUUUGGUGAGAUUGCUGAUGCAGAAGUGGGUGAUGUUGAGAAUCAGAGCCAGAGUACUCCUGAUGUAGUGAAUGUGAAUAUCGGUGAUAUGGAGAUUGAUCAGAUUAAGUCUCCGAGGAAGAGCAAAAAGAGCAAGGAGUCCAGAUCAAUGAAGCUCUUCAAGGUUACCCUUGCAGAUUUUGUGAAGGAGGUUUUAAAGCCAUCAUGGCGACAGGGUAACAUGAGUAAGGAAGCAUUUAAGACUAUUGUCAAGAAGACGGUUGAUAAGGUUGCAGGAGCGAUGAAGAGCCAUCAAAUACCCAAGUCCAAGGCAAAAAUAGAUCACUACAUUGACACAUCACAAUGGAAAUUAACAAAACUUGUGAUGGGUUAUGUUGAUAAGUAUGCCAAGGGCCCUACCGCAAUAGAGAGGUCAUCGAGCAUUCCUUUUCAAGAGUGUAUCAUAACAAACAUGAUUCCCAGUGUUGGAGCAGACUCGUUCUCCAGAGCGUACAGUCAAUCUAGUUAG